GUGACGGCAGAGGCCCGCCCCCCCCCCGUCUCAACUCGUCAUCAUCAUCAUGGCGGAAGAGGGCGGCGGCGGUGGCGGCGCCGCGGCGUGGACGAACGCUCGGGAUGACUACGAGUUGCAGGAGGUCAUCGGCAGCGGUGCCACUGCCGUCGUGCAGGCUGCCAUGUGUAUCCCGCGGAAAGAGAGAGUCGCAAUCAAACGCAUCAACCUGGAGAAGUGCCAGACCAGCAUGGACGAGCUCCUGAAAGAGAUCCAGGCGAUGAGCCAGUGCAACCACCCCAACGUGGUGAGCUACUACACGUCGUUCGUGGUGAAAGAGGAGCUCUGGCUGGUGAUGCGGCUGCUGAGUGGAGGUUCCAUGCUGGACAUGAUAAAGCACAUUGUUCAGAAGGGCGAACAUAAAUCAGGAGUGUUGGAGGAACCCGUCAUCGCCUCGAUCUUGAAGGAGGUUCUCGAAGGCUUGGACUACCUCCAUCGCAAUGGGCAGAUCCACAGGGAUGUGAAGGCAGGAAACAUCCUUUUGGGUGAAGACGGCACUAUUCAAAUUGCAGACUUUGGGGUGAGUGCGUUUCUGGCGACCGGUGGAGACGUGACGAGGAACAAGGUGCGCAAGACAUUUGUGGGCACGCCCUGCUGGAUGGCGCCCGAGGUCAUGGAGCAGGUGCGAGGCUAUGAUUUCAAGGCAGACAUCUGGAGUUUUGGCAUCACCGCCAUGGAGCUGGCAUCCGGGGCUGCCCCAUACCACAAGUACCCACCUAUGAAGGUCCUGAUGCUGACUCUGCAGAAUGAUCCGCCCACCCUGGAAACUGGCGUUGAGGACAAGGAGAUGGUUAAAAAGUAUGGGAAGUCCUUCAGAAAGCUGAUUUCCCAGUGCUUACAGAAGGACCCUGCUAAAAGACCCACGGCAGCUGAGCUACUCAAGAGCAAGUUCUUCCAGAAAGCAAAGAACAAGGAAUACCUGGCGGAGAAGCUGUUGCACAAAGCUCCGACAAUCACCCAGAGGUCCAAGAAGGUGCGCCGCGUCCCGGGCUCCAGCGGACACCUUCACAAGACGGAGGACGGCGGCUGGGAGUGGAGUGACAACGAGCUGGACGAGGAGAGCGAAGAGGGGCAGGCGGCCACCAUCCAGGAGCGGUCCCCGCGAGUAAAGGAACCGGAGUUGAGUUUGGAGGGAACGAUGAACAACAUCACUGUCGCGGAGCACGCCCCGGCGUCCCAGCCGGGCAGCGACGGCCCAGCCGCCCUCCUCACCGUCCCCACAGCUCUCCCUCCCGGCACGGCCGCCCCUCCUGCCACCACGAACGCGGCAGACUCCACAGGGGGAACGUCAACGUUGUCGGUGCACAGCACGGAGCCUUUGCCUGGGAGCGAGAGCAAGCCUGUCUCCUUGGUGCUGAGGCUCCGAAAUUCCAAGAGAGAGUUGAACGACAUCCGCUUUGAAUUCACUCGUGGUAAAGACACCGCUGAUGGGGUGUCUCAGGAGCUCGUGUCUGCGGGGCUGGUGGACGGCCGGGACGUUAUUGUCGUUGCUGCCAACCUGCAGAAGAUUGUUGACGACCCACAGACGAACAAGUCGCUGACGUUCAAGCUGGCGUCGGGCUGUGAGGGCUCCGAGAUCCCGGACGACGUGAAACUCAUCGGCUUCGCGCAGCUCAGCAUCAGCUAGGAGCGCAGCAAUGGCACCUCCACCGGUGUCUCCCGCGCCAGCAGCACGACCUGAACACCGCUCUUCUCUCCUUUCCUUUUUUAUCAUUGAUUUUCUCCGGAUGGCCACAGUUUUAUUUGAAUAACAUUGGGCUCAUUGUAAAUAUAAAAAACUAAUCAUUUAACGAUGACAUUUUGUCCACGACGUGCAAACUCAUAGGUGCGCUGCACAUGGCUGCUGCGGCGACACGGUGUUAGUCUUUAUAAGGCUUCGCAUGAACUCCCUCGGCAUCUUCACUUUUCAAUCUCCCCCCAGAGGCAAGGGCAACAGAUAUGCCAUAAGAUUUUUAGACUAUGCAUAGUAUAUAAAAUGUUAAACCAAUUUAAAGGAGAAUUAAAAUAAUGUAAGUAUUGUUGACCAAGAGUGCACAGCUUUUCGUGGGGAGACACAAAUAUGAGAAUGAAGACACUCCAUCCUUUACGAGCAACACGGGCCUGCCAACUCAACGGGCUAGUUAAGCUAUAUCCAUAGCCGUCAUCCCAUCCCGAACUGCGAAGCUAGCCAGCUAGCCGCAAUGCAUACUCUAGCCGUAGCUCUUACCCAGCUAAAUGUAAUCCCACCCAUGCCCCCUAACCGUAUCCUUUCUACCUGCGAUUAACCAAAACAAUUAGCCACGACCUUCACCCAGCAAACUGCAAUACUCUUGAUCUGACCCCUUCCCUGCUUGCGAGGCAGCUAUUGCUGCCUACAUGGAUAGCCCUGUCCCAGCCGGCCACAGCCCGGCUCAACCCAGGCGGCUACGAGCAUCGAGCCUGCAAGGCCGCCGCCGCCCAGGCCCCGCUGUGUUGGGAAGAAGCACCUUUAGGUGUGGGCAGCGUAGGACUUAGAACCAUCUGCUUUUAUAGAACGUAUUAAUAAUAAGUCGGCAUGAGAGUACAACACUAAAAUAAACGUGAACACAUAUAAUUAAUUACACUAACGGGGUUAGUGGAGGUGCGAUGGCAAGAUUGUGGAUUCGGGUGAAUCUUGGUGGCGGUGGCACCGGACGGCGCGAAUUGUGACGGCGUGCACGGAGGGAGGAUCGCUUUAGAGGUGCAGGCUGCUGAGCGCCGCUGUCCGCUAGGCCGGAGAAGUGAGCGUCCCUCAUCGCGCGAGUGCGUGAGCCGGGGCUGAUGGCAGAGUGGCCCCUCGGAGACUCCCUUUACUCUAGACGUGCCGUCUGCGUGUGUUUGUGUUAUUCAACAAUACGUGUCAAUUCCCGCUGGUUUCCACACAAUAAUAAAACAUACGUUUGCUCUACAACAUUGGAUGUUACAUCUUAUUUAAGGGAUCACGGAGAAUACUGCAGUCUUGUUCAUUGGGAUCGUUAAUUUUAAGUUGAAAAAAUAUUGUUCAAGCAAACAUGUGUGUAUUUAUGCAAUUUGUCACCUGUAUUGGAUGAUACUAGGCUCAAAACGAAUGCCGUGGGACGCGUUACUCCAGCACUUGUGGAAACUAAAGCAAUGUUCGUGUUUAACGGCUUGCGUCCACGCAAAUUUUUAUCCCAGGUUGUGUUUCAGGGGGCAAGCGUGGUGCUCGUUGCAGCGCAGCUCGCAUGAGUGGCUCCUCCCCCCUUUGUGCGGUGGCCUUCCCACACUCGACAGCGCCUUUCGUCUCGCCGCUAUCGGAACGCUCGCGAUAAUCCACGGAGUAGCAUUGCUUGGAGGGCUUACGGAUGGCGCUCCUGCUGAGACCGUUCCCAUUUCUGACACGAGUGGAGCCCGAGCGGGUAGGCUCAGAGGAGUGAUAGACGGUAAGCGAUUUAGUGUCCUUUCGGGUGUCCAAAUCGAUCCCCAGAAUUAUUUCCCAUCGCAACUCCGGGAACCUCUGGAGUGCACAUUGCAGUGUGUACAGACCUAGGUGGUUAGGCGAGUAGAUUAGUGCGAGUUUAAUUCAUCUGUACAUGUCCAGAUCAAUAUUCUUACAGAUAUACCUUACAGUGUUUGGGACCCUAAGGAAUCGUGGCAUUUGGCUUAAUUUAUACAUCAAUGGAAACUGCCUCAUUGGCCAGUAUGGGCAUGACUCGUGCACCUGCGCUCAGCUGGGUUUUGUGCCGACUCUGGGAAUCAGAAACUGAAUGGGGAAAUGGUUGCUUUCAUUAAACGCAUUGCAGCACCAUUCAAAACUGCCCCAAUUAUAUAAAGGUGGGGGGGGGUUGGGGGGGGGGGCUACAUACAGGGUCGGGCUUUUCUGAAAAGCGCUCUAUGUUAUUUGCAAUGUGACAUUUUACGUUGGUCGUUGAUUUGAUCGUUCACAUUUAAAGGUGUACCUUUUUUUAAAGAAUGUGCUUCACUAACGUGAAUGGGCAGGGAGACGCAGGAUGCAGUGUCGUGGCAGUGGAGGCUCGUGCAAUGCAGGCCUUGUGGGCCCUCUGGGGGUGGGGUCGGAGGGGCAGCACCUUCAGCUGCCCGUGCCGAGGCUACCUUCCCGCGUUAAAAUCCGGCCCGGCCACUGCUGCCCCGCAGCUGGUUGUUGGUUAUUGUGCCUAUUGCUUAUGAAAGAAAAAAGAUCACUUAAGUGGAAUUUCAAAGGUCGAUUACUCUUAUCACUAUGGUUUAGGCUAUGGUUAUUCUUCACUACUAUGGUUUAGACUGUAAAAGUGUAGACCCUUUCAGUUAUGUGAAAAAAUAAAAGUCCUAUUAAGUUCA